AUGAUUAAUGCGUUUGCCGAACCUUACAGUCAGCCGCUGGCAUGUCAAGCUGGUUUGGACAUAUUGAAAAAAGGCGGGAACGCUGCUGAUGCGGCCGUUGCCGUAGCGGCGGCUUUAAAUGUUACAGAGCCAUCAUCAACGGGAAUUGGGGGAGAUUGCUUUUGCCUUUAUUAUGAUGCAAAAACAAAAAAGGUUGGUGCGUUAAAUGGCUCGGGACG